UGCGCCUCCGCCUCCGGCCACCAUCGCCACGACGACACGCGCGCGCGCGUCGAAUACUCUCUCGGUUGAUCUAUUCGUAUAUUUUUUCUCGUUUUGCGGUAUGGCGCCGCCGCCGCCGGAGAGCACCCACCACCACCACCACCUCCUGGAGAGCGGCCUUCUUCUGGACGCCGGCAAGGCGCCGCCGCCUGCCGAGGAGGAGGAGAAGGAGGAGCAAGGGACCUCGUCGUCGGCGGCGAUGGCAGCCGGGCGGAAGAAGUCGGAGGCGUCGCUGCUGCGGGGGCGGCUGCCGCGUCUCCCGCGGGGGCUCCGGCGCGCGGCGGCGCAGCUGCAGGAGGUGUUCCUCGGCACGAAGCUGUUCCCGCUCUUCUCCGCCGUGCCGCUCGCCGUCGCCGCCGAGUCGCUCCGCCUCGGCCGGGCUUGGGUGUUCGCUUUCAGCUUGGUAGGCCUUGCUCCUCUCGCAGAACGUGUGAGCUUCUUGAGCGAACAUAUUGCCAAUACUGCAGGACCAACAGCUGGUGGGCUUCUGAAUGCAACGUGUGGAAAUGUACCUGAAUUAAUCAUUGCACUGUUAGCUCUGAAUAAGAAUAAGAUGGAAAUCCUCAAGUGGUCACUUUUAGGUUCCAUCUUAUCAAAUUUGUUACUUGUUCUUGGUUCAUCAAUCCUCUUUGGCGGGAUUGUUAAUAUUGGCAAGGAGCGUCCACUAGACAAGAGACAAGCAGAUGUAAGCAUAGGCCUUCUGUUGCUGGGAGUUCUUUGUCACAUUGCUGCUCUAGUGUCUAAAUACACAAGUAGCACCGGGGAUAACAUCGGCUUAUCAAGCUCAGUUCUGCAGUUAUCAAGAGCAAGCGCUAUAGUAAUGAUAAUUGCUUACUUUGGAAACCUCCUGUUCCAGUUAAAAACCCAUCGUCAAAUAUUUGAGGUAGAAGAGGACAGUUCAGAGAGCAACAGCAGUGAAGAUGAUGAUACAGACAAAUCAGUUAUAGGAUUUGCCAGUGCAGUGGUCUGGUUGAUAGGGAUGGCCGCGGUCAUUGCUAUGUUGUCCAAUUACGUUGUUACUACAAUAGAGGAAGCAUCAGAAUCCAUGGGUAUCCCUGUCAGGUUCAUUAGUAUCAUCCUACUACCGAUUGUUGGAAAUGCAGCAGAGCAUGCAGGCGCCAUCAUAUUUGCGUUCAAGAAUAAAAUUGAUAUCACCCUCGGGAUCACUCUUGGAUCGGCAACUCAAAUAUCGAUGCUUGUGGUACCAGUCACUCUGAUCGUAUCCUGGGUGAGUGGCAUUCCUAUGGAUCUCGACUUCAACCUUCUUGAGACUGGAUCAUUGGCUAUGACAGUAAUUACCACCGCAUUUACGCUUCAGGAUGACAAAUGGCAUUACUUGAAGGGUUUCAAUCUAGUACUUUGCUAUAUCGUCAUAGCGGUGUGCUUUUUCAUCAUGAAGGCCCUACCAACUCCAACAAAGAAGGAAGAUGCCUAAAUUUCUCGGGGAAGACUUGCCAUGUUUGUGGCAUGACGGUGGUAGAUCGGUGAGCUCCUGAUCAAUCUGUUCAUCAUCAUGACGAGUUCAGUUGAUUAACCAUCUGCAACACCAAUGCAUAUAUGUUUGGUUCAUCUGAAGAGACCCUAAAAGAAUUACAGUAGCCUCGAUCCUUUUGUGUAACAAUUUUUUUUUCUUCAGCACUUAUUUUAGUUACAUUUUAUCCAUGUUUGGCACUUUGGAUGCUUAGCGAACAGCAGUACUUGCAUAUACACAGAUAUUACACAAAGGGGAUUUUGCAAUACCUUUAAUGAAUAUACACCGUAUCUUUGUUUUAAUCUAAU